UAAAUUUUUUUGACCAAUUUUUUUAAAUUUUUGAACGUAAAGAAGCAUAAAAUUUAGAGAUCCGGCCUAGGAGAUUCAUCUUUUAAAAUUGAGUAAUGCUAGGGGUACACCAAAAGGUGUACCCCAAAUGUACACCAACCUCUUUUCAUCCACACAUUUUUAUUUGAUUUUUAUUUACUUAUUUUUUUUGAAUUUUUUUGCUUUUUUUAGUGGAUAAGGAGGGGAUGAGGAUAUUUGGAGUACACCCUUUAGUGUACCCUAGCAUUCUUCUUUACAAUUUCAUUGAUUUUUGUAGACUUUGAGCCUAGUCGUCCCUGUGGGCGGCGGGGAAAUUUUCAAAUGAUUUCUUCCCUGCCCAAAUGUAGGGUUCAAACUCAAUCCACUUAGGAUUGCCUGAUAGUUACGAGCAGCCAUGGACGCGAAUCCUUUAAGAUUCAAAAACCCGAUCCGAGACGCCAUUUCCAGGAUCCGAUUCUCCCUGCAUUCCAACAAUCUUCUCAUUUCUUCCUGGGACAGAAGUCUUCGAUUAUACGACAUUCAACGCUCAAAGCUAAUAUUAGAGUCCCCAGGGGAAGCCGCACUCCUCGAUUGCUGUCUUGAAAGCGAGUCUGUGGCUUUCAGUGCUGCUUCUGAUGGUUCUAUUCACAGGUAUGAUAUGCACUCAGGUCAUAAAUCCGCAAUAGGGAAACAUGAUGAUAUGGCAACUUUUGUCGAGUUUUCUCCCGAAUCAAGUCAGCUAAUUACUUCUGGUUGGGAUAAGAACAUAAUCUUUUGGGAUGCACGGUCGGCAAAGUCUGUUGGAUUAUUGAACAAUCUAACAUCAAUGGCAGAGUCUAUGACACUCUCUGGGUCCAGUUUGAUGGUUGCUAUUGAAUCCUCAGUAAUCAUUUUUGACAUUCGUACCCUUAGGAAACUGGUUCACAGAAAAGAUGUUCAAAUAAAAUGUGUCCGCACUAUUCUUCAUUCUGAAGGGUUUGUGGUCGGAUCGGUGGAUGGACGUGUUGCUUUGGAGUAUAUCUGUGAAUCCAAUUUGGAUAAGGGAUAUGCCUUCCGGUGCUUUCCAAAGAAAAAAGAUGGAAGACAACAUGUGGUGGCAGUGAAUGACAUUGCAUUUAGUCCAUUAAACAGUGGCUCAUUUGUAACUGGUGAUAAUGAUGGAUUUGUAAUUAUGUGGGAUGCUUGGCACAAAAAGCGACUACGUGAGCUUCCUAGACAUCCAAACAGCAUUGCUUCUUUGUCAUACAAUCAUGAUGGGUUGCUUUUAGCAGUUGCAUCGAGCCAUACCUACCAAGAAGCUAAUGAAAGUGAAGAGCCUCCACAGAUAUUUAUACACAAACUUGAGAACUUUCAGAGCGAGUCACCUUCUGUUCGAGCAUCAUGUGUGGAAUGACUCUCUGGUUUAGAAACGUAUGGACCCAGAUUGCUGAUGGGUUUCCAAAGCCUUUAAUUUGGUCAGUUGCUCUGCAUUCUAUAAUGCAAAUGGGUUAUUCCAGUCAGGUUAUGCACACUGCUUUCUUCCAUAAACGAAGUUAGAGCUGCCGCUACGAUAAACUGGUGGGUUGUAAUAGUUAGUUAUUGAAAUCAUCUUGUCCUUGGUAGCACACUCUCUGGAAAACACAUUUUAAUUAUUUAACUUUCUAAGACAUUAUAUUCUAAGAAUUUGUAAAAGUGCCAAAACAAAUGGCGCCAUUCUAGAUGACAAACAAGAGAAGAUGUCAUUUCUAAACCAAAUCUAUUUCUACAAGUGUGCCCAACACAAGUUAACCGUUUCAAAACUAAGAGAUCACUAACGUCUACUACUAUAUACGAAAGUGUGAUAACAAAAGGGAGACAUGGGCUUGCAGAUGGAAUUCAACCCAAUAGAAAAUAUUGCAAAAGAUGCCACUGUCCUCUAAUCUCUCCUAUUACUACGAGAAACAAAUACUUGACACAAGAUAGGCUCUGGAAAGUGAUGAUCUGAACAUCUGUGGGAGUUCUUCCAGUUCCUCUGAAGUGAGCUGUUGCUUUGCAUUACUGGGUUUAACCACAUGUUUCCCUAAUUUGUAGCAGUCAUCAGCAGAAACUUUAUCAUUUGGAUCGCAUAAGGCUCCUUUACAUAGCCAGAUAUUGUAAUAGUCUCAAGGUAAGGUAAUAACCUCUUGCAAGUCCCAGAAGUUCUCUCCAUCAAAAUCAUGUUAAGCUGACAAUAGUGACCUCCACAUCAAUAAUAGAUCAGCUCAUCACGAGAAGGACACCUCCGGUUGUUGUUAGGAUCCAUCCCGUUAUACUCCAAAACAUAUAACAAAUUGGAUCCGACCAUGAAGUAGAGCUGAAAAGUGUAGCAGUCUCUUGUGUUAUAAUCCACAUUAGUUUGAAUGCGACCGCAACAAAAAAGUUGAGAACGCGUUGAAUCGAUUCAACCAUCUCCAAGCCCGUUGCGAAAGCAAACCAUAGCGCAUUUAAAGGCCUCUUUAAAUCUAGCUCUGGAUCCAACGAGAAAACAGUUAACCCUACGAAUGAUAUGCGAUGAGCUUAAGGAGAUAAAUGAUGAACUUACUCAUCUGGUCGCAUAAAGUGUUCAUCUUACACUAAGCUCGAAAACCGUCUAGAAAUUAUGCAAUGACAGGCAUCUUCAUCUUCUGUGGCCUUCUCAUCUUUCCGUUGAUCUAAGAGACUAGGAAAGCAUCACACUUGGAAAAAUCGUAGUAAUCAUAGAGUGAAAACGUGGGAGAAUAUGUGACAAACUCAGCGAGGAAAGCUUUUCGAGAUAAACUAACCAAUCACUUUUUGGACAACCAACCGAGGAGGAACGUACCAAAGGCGGAUUGGCAGCCUGAAUUUC